CACCGACGACGACCACCGUGAUUGUUCAGCUUUUGAUCGACCAGACGAAUUUUCUGUCCGCCUCUUUCGGUCGUGGUACAACACGCAAACAUGGUCGCGGUCACGAAAAAGGCCAAUGUGCCCAAACAGGCAUCAUCCAGCAAAAAGCAACACCUCCGAGGUAAAAACCAAAAGAAGAAGGUGUCGCUGAAAUUCACCAUUGACUGCACACAUCCAGCUGAAGACAACAUCAUGGACGUUGUCAACUUUGAAAAGUACCUCUCUGAAAGGAUCAAGGUCAAUGGUAAAUUGAGCAACCUUGGUAAUAACGUCACGAUUGAGAGGAACAAGAAUAAGUUGACAGUCAACAGUGACAUUGACUUCUCCAAGAGGUAUCUGAAGUACUUAACGAAAAAGUACUUGAAAAAGAACAAGCUUCGUGAUUGGCUCCGGGUGGUCUCCAAAGACAAGGAUACUUAUGAACUCCGUUACUUCCAAAUUAACAGUCAGGAAGAUGAAGAUGAAGAAGAUGUGGAGUAAAUUAGGUAUUAUUAUUUGCUCUAAAUUCCAUCUGUAUAUAUUUUGAAUAUCAAUAAAUGCCUGAAAUUUUA